UCGAUUCCGCAGCUCUCAGUCGCACAGAGAGAGAGAGAGAGAGAGAGAGAGAGGUUGAUUCCUUCCUUCCUCGGAGCGAUCGCCGGAUGCGCGAGGGCGGAAUCGGCGGGCGUUGAAGCGGGUCACGGGUUUCGGGUCACGGGUCGUGGGUCGCCUUCUGCUGGUGGUGGUGGUGGUUGUGGUGGUGGGUUAUGGACAGGGCGCUGAGCAAGCUGCGGAGCUUGGACGCCUACCCCAAGAUCAAUGAGGACUUCUACAGCCGCACGCUCUCCGGGGGCGUCAUCACCCUCGUCUCCUCCCUCCUCAUGCUCCUCCUCUUCUUCUCCGAGUUCCGAUUGUAUCUCCAUACUGUUACCGAGACAAAGCUACUCGUUGAUACUUCAAGAGGAGAAAAGUUGAAAAUAAAUUUUGAUAUUACAUUCCCUGCCAUUCCGUGUUCAUUACUCAGUGUUGAUGCAAUGGAUAUCAGUGGAGAGCAACACCUUGAUAUAAGACAUGACAUAGUCAAGAAAAGAAUUGAUUCUCUUCACAAUGUUAUCGAGGCCAGGCCUGAUGUGAUCGGUGCGCCAAAGAUUGAGAAGCCUUUACAGAGCCAUGGCGGUAGGCUUGAGCAUGAUGAAACGUACUGUGGGACCUGUUAUGGUGCUGAAGCGUCAGAUGAUGAUUGUUGCAAUACAUGCGAAGAGGUUCGUGAGGCAUACAGAAAAAAAGGUUGGGGAAUGACAAAUUUUGAUCUAAUUGACCAGUGUAAGCGAGAAGGCUUUGUCCAAAAAAUAAAAGAUGAAGCAGGUGAAGGAUGUAAUAUCCACGGAUCUCUAGAGGUUAAUAAAGUGGCUGGAAAUUUUCAUUUUGCAGCUGGGAAGAGUUUUCACUUAUCAAAUUUCCAAUGGCAAGAUUUGAUUGCUUUCCAAGCAGAGAGCUACAAUAUCAGUCACAAGAUCAACAGUUUAAGUUUUGGUGAUUACUUUCCCGGUGUGGUGAAUCCUUUAAAUGGGGUACAAUGGGCACACGAAACACAGAAUGGCAUGUACCAGUACUUCAUCAAGGUUGUCCCCACUAUAUAUAAAGAUAUCAGAGGUCGAACAGUAAACUCAAAUCAGUAUUCUGUGACCGAGCAUUUUAGGAAUAAUGAGAUGGGGCGUCCUCAGUUACUUCCUGGCGUAUUUUUCUUCUAUGAUUUUUCUCCAAUAAAGGUUACGUUUAAAGAGGAGCACAUUCCAUUUUUGCACUUCAUAACCCACAUUUGUGCCAUCGUUGGAGGAGUAUUCACAGUUGCUGGAAUAGUGGAUUCAUUCAUAUACCAUGGACAAAAAGCCAUGAAGAAGAGGGAAAUUGGGAAAUUCAGUUGACCUUUGCUGCUUGCACCCGUUGACCCUGCGAUUUGGUUAGGCCUCGGUGGAGAAAACGCAAAACUGUUCUAUAUUAGGGCGGAGGGUUGUUAAGAGUCCUAAAAUUGGUGUGAUGAAUAGGUUUUGGUAGUAGUUUAUGAGAUUUGAGUGUCUAUUUUUGCUUUCAGCGACCUCUCAUCUCCAGUUAAAGCCAUCUGCAGGUCACCUGCAGCGUGGCUUUUCUGAGGAUUUAAUCAUUAAAGGCAAAUUCUUUCUUCCAUGUGCCUGA